CAGUCGUUCGUUGGUAGCCGUUGGAGCUGUUCGGUACAGGCUCGCUAGACGCUACGCCGUCGAGGGUUCUACGCGUUCAAGAUUUGGUAUCAAGUUAAUCGUUUGUUCCGAGGUAGAUUCUUUGUUUGAGUAAGUGUAACUUGAAAAAACAAAAGCCCGCGAAACCGUUCAAGCGUGGUUCGAAAAGGCCGGAACCAUGCCGGAACAAGCCGCGCGUACCGCGAUCGAAUCGCUCGUCCGGGAGUUCAACGACAAUAGCCGCAAUGGACCGAAGAAGCUGCACCAAUCCAGGACGCGGUUUAUGCCCAUUGAGUUUGGCCGGGACGGGAAACCUCAACCCAAAAAGGGUCCCUCCAGCGCAGAGGCUCAAGACUUUUACGAACUCCGGUCGCGCUGCCUUCGCAGCGGUACCCUCUUCGAAGAUCCGGAAUUCCCGGCAAACAGUUCCUCGCUAACGUACGCCGGGGAGUCCAAAUCGUACAUCAAAUGGCUACGACCGUCGGAGAUCGCCGCCGAUCCGGUGUUCUUCGAGAACAGCUACUCGCGGUUCGACGUGAACCAGGGCGAGCUGGGGGACUGUUGGCUGCUGGCCGCCGCUGCGAAUCUCACCGAGGAUCCGGAUUUGUUCACGAGGGUUGUGCCGGUUGAUAAUGGGUUCAAGGAGAACUACGCGGGGAUCUUUCACUUUCGGUUUUGGCGGUUUGGCCAGUGGUACGACGUGGUCAUUGACGACAGGUUGCCGACGUCGCAGGGCAAGCUGGUGUACAUGAGGUCGUCCGAGAAGAACGAGUUCUGGAGUGCGCUGCUGGAGAAGGCUUACGCGAAGCUGUUUGGAUCGUACGAGACGUUGCGUGGGGGUUCGGCUAGUGAAGCCAUGGUGGACUUUACCGGAGGGGUAGCGGAAACGUAUGAGAUGAAGGAUGCGCCGAAGGAUCUGUUCCAGAUCAUCGAGAAGGGCUUCCGGAAUCACGCGAUGUUUGCGUGCAGCUUGGAGCCCGAUCCGUACAAACCAGAAGCGGAAACGCCGCAGGGGUUGAUCCGCGGGCAUGCGUACUCGCUGACGAUGGCAAAGAUGGUGGACAUUCAGACGCCGAACGUGAAGGGAAAGAUACCGUUGUUGAGGUUGCGAAAUCCGUGGGGGAAUGCCAACGAGUGGAACGGAGCUUGGAGUGACAAGAGUGCGGAGUGGCAGUACAUUCCGGAAGCUACCAAGCGGGAGAUUGGGCUGAUCUUCGAAGUUGAUGGGGAGUUUUGGAUGUCGAUGCAAGAUUUCACCAAGUACUUUGAUCGUAUCGAGAUCUGUAACCUCAGUCCGGACUGUCCGAUCGUUCGGCAGAAGGGAGAAUAUCCGUGGAAGCAGUCGGCUUUCGAAGGAGAGUGGGUCAUCGGUAACACAGCCGGAGGCUGUCGGAACCACAUUGAAACCUUCUGGCACAAUCCACAGUACGUUGUAACCCUGGAUGAUCCGGACAAAGACGACGAUGAAGCCAAAGCUACCGCCAUAAUUGCUCUAAUGCAAAAGAACCGACGCUCGAAGCGCAACAAAGGCAUGGACUGCCUCACAGUAGGCUUCAUCGUGUACCGUGUUAGCGAACGUGAUCUCGUCCAGAAACCACUACCCAAAGAGUUCUUCAUGCGAAACGCCUCCGUAGCCCGGUCUACCUUCAUCAACCUGCGUGAAGUUACGUGCCGCUUCCGGCUCGAUCCCGGAACGUACGUCGUCGUCCCGUCGACCUUCGAUCCGCACCUCGAGGGCGAGUUCAUGAUCCGGGUGUUCUCCGAGUGUCCGGACUGCAUGUGCGAGAACGAAAAGUGCGUCGGAGUAUGCGAACCGGAUCCACGGGUUACACCUGAUAGCAACAACAACAGCAAACCAGUAGUAACAGUAAUCGCCGAGGACCUCCCCGAUCCAACAAAACCCAACCCGCAACGAGCAGCCAUGGAGCGCCUUUUCCUGGACGUCGCCGGCGUUGACGGUGAAGUGGACUGGAUGGAGCUCAAGCUGGUGCUGGAUCACUGCUUCCGCGAUGACAUUGCCGUCGCAGCCAAAGGAAUCUCCAGAUCGUACGCGGUCCCUUUGGCCGCCGAAUCACCUUCCGAUAGUAAGAAACUGCCCAUGGCUGAGGGGGAACCGGUUUGCUGCGGCCUGUUGGCCAUCCUGCAGGACUGGUACGUCAACAUGGCCGGCGGGGACAACCGACCUGCGCAAAACACCUCGAAUGAUCUGAUCAUGUCCAAGGAGCGGGCUCCGCUGAUGUCGGGUGAGAUGCCUUCUGACGGCACCGGCAUCGGGUUCUCCAAGGAUGCCUGCCGAUCGAUGGUGGCCAUGCUGGACGAGGAUCACUCCGGCAAGCUUGGCUUUCUGGAGUUCCAGAAGCUACUCACGGAGAUUGCCCGCUGGAAGGCGGUCUUUAAGCUGUACGACCGCGAUCAAAGCGGGCAUCUGAACCCGUUCGAGCUGAGAGCGGCGCUGCAGUCCGCCGGGUACAACCUCAACAACAAGAUCCUCAACAGUUUGAUGCACCGGUACGGGUCGCGGGAGGGUGAAAUCUGGUUCGAUGACUUUAUCACGUGUGCGGUGAAGAUCAAGACCAUGAUUGAUAUUUUCAAGGCCAAGGAUAUCAACGGAACAAACGUUGCAUCGUUCAACAUGGACGAAUGGAUUCACAAAACUAUCUAUUCUUAAAUGUAUUAAGUUUAAAAUAGUUUACCAAAAAUCAAGUCGUCCUAUUCCUCUAUUUGCUAUUCAAUUAGCAAAAUGAAUGCGUUAACAAUUCGUUAUGAGUGUUUGAAAAGGAUUUUUGUUUUCUAUUGUCAGAAAAUGUACUAACAAUGAAGUGAGUCGAAAAAGUACUAUUAUAGUUAGACUUAAACAAUUGCCUCGUCCAGUUAAAAAGCAAUCAUUUUUAUCAAAUAAAAAAGCCAAUUCACGUUUUACCAAUGUUCUGCGUGUCUUAUU